AACUUGCUCUCGUUGCCAUCUCUCUCCCGGCCAAUGCAGUUUGUAGCAUGCCUGCACAGUUCGUACAGGGACCCCGCGCAGCCCCACCCAUUGUUUUUCUGGACAAAUGUCUUCUUCCUUGUCCAAAUGUCUGAAUUCUGAACGUUUCACUUUUCAAGAGCAAAACUUGACCUUAGUCUUCGAUACAUUCUAUAGCCUCUACCCCCAUCCUCUCUCACACACAGCAAUUCUUCAGCUUGAACAGUACUUUCUGGCUUCUAAGAUGGUAAAGGUCGAGAGAGUAACCUUACCCACGCCUGAUUUGCCUGUUCCACCGCCUGGGUUUUCACUCAAAACUCCCGCAGCCAAAAGUGCCACCACCUCCGCCACCGCUGGUCUCUCACAGCCCCUAUCACAGCCCCCACUAGAAGAAACUUCAAGGGAGCAGCCACCUGCAGGUACGAGUACCAGGCGUACCUCUAGAAGAAGAGUUCGGCCCCAGUUUUAUAGCCCAGCUCUACCACCACAACAGUAUCGACGCCGCAGAAGCCGCACAUCAAAAGCUAGAUCCAUUUCCCAGCUUUCUUUUCAAGAAAAAGUAACUGGAAAAUGUAAUCAGCCCUCUAUGACAUUCUCGAGAUGGCAAGAGCAGAUGACACAUGUUUCUCAAUCAAGAUCUCAAAUUAAUAAUGGAACUACUACUAAUCCGUUACCUAUUCGGGAAACUGAGCAAGCUCCGAACAUUAUUGGAAAGUCCAAUGGUAUUAUUGUGGACGAAAAUCGAGCAAGUGACACUAACAGCAAUGGUAUUACUGUGGACAAAAAUCGAGCAAGUGACACUAACAGCAAAACAAAUCUUGCCCUGACCAUGAAUUCCAUAACUGAAAAGCAUGGAGAUAUUACUAAAGAUUGUUUAUUGGAGUCUGAUCGUAUGAAGACUCUUGUUCUGUUUGGUAUCUGUGAAGUGGUGCAAGACUUACAGAAGAAACAGUUGAAAGACAUUGAUAUUUCUAUGCUAGAGUCUUGUUAUUCAGCUGUCCAAGAUGCGGAAAAAAUGAAGAUGAACGUGAAAUGGCUACGGAAUCGACUUGAUGAAAUUAAGGAUGCCAUGGUAUCAGCUGGUGAAGCAUUAAGGCUCAUGGAUGAAAAGAAAAGGCUAAUGAAGAGUAUUGACAAUAAGAAGAAAGAUAUACUAUUGCACAAGGGUGAACUAAAGAGACUUAAUUCAGAGAUUGAAGAAAUGGAAAGUCAAGUGGCUCGAGAUACUGUGAUACUAGAAGCAUUAGACAAAAAUAUCAGAACUCAAACAUCUAAAGUUCAGCUUUUAGAGCAGAUGCCUUUGAUGGACUGGCUUAUAUAGAUUUACUCGAGUACGUUUCUCACACCCCCCCCCAACUCCCAACCCUAUAUACUCACGCUUAUGAAUACAUGCAUGAGUAUACACACAAAUACAAAUUUGUACACAUAUCGAUGCCCUUAUGCAUGUAUGGAGAUAUUUGUACGGGACUCAAAUAUAUAUGUGUAGUGCUAUCAGGUUUUGACCUUGACUGUGAGCUUCA